UAUCUACUUUCAAUAAUAUGUGAUUAUAAUUUUAAUAUUUUAUAAUGGGUACUAUACCGUGUUUUAAAAAGAAGAAGAGAGAGAAAGGAAGGAUAGUUCAUCGAUCAUAGUUAAGUGAUAAGAGCAUGAGAGUAAAUGAUGUUCAAAUAUGAGAGUUAAAGAAUGAAGAUAAUGUAGAGUAGAAUGUUGAAGAAUAAGUAGAAGAAGAAGAAGAUCAAGUAAAUAACAUCAAUAAAGAUAGAACAUAGUAUAUGAUUACAUUUAAGGAGAUUUAAUAUAAGAAGGAUGUAAUGUAUAUUGUGCAUUGAAUACAUUGAAUGGUUAACUUUUAGCAUUAAAAAUUGUAUAGACUUAUAUUAUAUUAGUUUAAAUUAAGUAAGUAGGAUAAUUUUAAUACUAUUGUUAAUUAUGUUGAUGUCCUUACAAGAUUGGAAUCUAAAAAUAUACAUUAAAUAAUUGGAUGGGAUUACUCGAUUCAUAAUAAUGAAGUUAUUCAUGAUGAAAUAAGAAUUCUAAUGUCAUAUGAAAGUGGUGGUUCAAUAAGUUGGUUAUUGUAGAAAUUCAAUUCAUUUUCUACUUAAUUAGCUAUAAUGUUUAUGAAACAAAUUCUAUAAGGAUUGGAAUCUUUACAUAAUUUUGGAAUUCUUCAUAAGUAUUAUUUCUAUUCUAUUAGAAAUUUAAAAACUUCUAAUGUUUUAGUUGAUGGUGAAGCAAAUGCUAAAUUAAGUGAUAUUUAUGUAUUGAAAGAUUAUAAAUUGUCAAUUUAUAGUCCACCUGAAUGUUUUAAAAAUUAAAAUUAUUGUGAAUAAUCUGAUAUUUGGAGUGCUGGUUGUAUCUUUAUUGAAAUGUUAACCAGAAUAUCUCCUUGGCAUCAUUUAUCUUCAAAUAUUACUCUAAAUUAAAUUAAAAUAUGCUUUGAAAAAGGAUGUAUAUCUAAUUAUUAAUUUUAUAAAGAAUUAUUUCCAUAUCAAUAUAUCACUAAGAAUUAAGACAUUCUUUAAAUAUUUAAUUGUAUAUUCAAAAUUAAUCCACGAGAAAGAUCAAAACCUACUGAAUUAUUAAAUCAUCCUAUUUUUAAAAGUUAUAUUCUAUUUAUUUUAUUUAGAUUUGGAAACUGAACCAUUAAAAUCAGUUAUUAUAUCUACAAGAAGAUAAUAUCAUAAUAGACCUGAAGAUAGGAGAUCAUUUAAAAUUUAGAAUAGCAAUAUUUCUAAUUCAAGUUUAAGAUAUUCUAUUAGAAGAAGUCAUAAUCCUGGUUCUAUUAAAUAUCAAUAAGUUCUUUAAUAAUUGAAAUCCAUUCAUCUAGAUUUUAAGAAUAUAAAUAAUCAUAAUUAAUAAUUAUCUUAUACUGAUAUUUAAAAUGUAGUAUCAACUAAGAUUUAAUUAGAAUCACAAAUUAAAGAAAUUGGAAUAUAAUAACGUAAUAAAGAAAUUAAAGAUAAUUAAUAAAAUAAACCUAAAGAAAUAUCAUCAUUAAAUAGAUAAAAAUAAUCUAAUGAUUAUUCUUUUUCAAAAUAAUAUCAAUAACGAAUUUCAAGUUUGCAUAAAUCUUUGAAUAGUAGUAGUCUUAACAUUAUAAUUAGUUCAUUUGAUCCUUCUAGUAUGGUUAAUGGAUAAACAAAAAAUGUUCAAGAAAUUGAAAACUUAGAAAAAAUUAUGAUUUAAUAAUUUUAUUAUGGAUCAAAUAAUAAUUAGGAAAACCAUUUUUAAAAUAAUUUAAAUGAUAUUGAAAAAAUGAUGAUGCAAUAAUUUCAAUCCUCUCUUUUUAAAUCUUCAAUUAUAGAAUAAAAUAUUGAAGAACCAAUUUAAUAACCAAUUUUAGCAGCUUCAGAAAUUUUAGAUUAAUAAUCUCCCAAUUAUUUUGAAAAACAAAUGUAAGAUUAAUUUAAUUAGGAUAAUGAAUCUGAAAUAGAUGAAUUAUAAUAAUUGGAAGAUUUAAUAAAAUUAUAAUUUUAUUAAGAUUACAACAAAUAGGAUACAAGAAAGAAUUAAUAGUAAGUAAUUUAAAAAGAUAUAAAAAUUGCUGGUAAUUAUUAUUCUUUAUUAAGUAGCUUUUGAUUAAAUAAUUUAAUCUCCAAAAUUAAACACUGAUUUGAUGACUGAUGAAGAUUUAAUAAAUCAAUGA